AUGUCCGGCGCAUCAAGUUGGCUGCAGAAAAUGCGCAAAGCAGAGCUCUUGGAACUGUGCGAGUCCGUUGAUUUCAAAGACUACGGCGGCUUGAAGAAGACCGAGAUUGAAGUCGCGCUCGACGAUUACCUCAGAGAAAACGCCGACCAGUAUUCGGGAGAAGCGCGUCUUGCGCCAUUCUACAAGACGAGGGGACGCAGCGAGAGCUCUCCGAUCAAGAAGGAGCUCACCUCGGCUAUGUCAGACGUCGAGAGCAAAGUUCGGACUGUGAAGCGUAGAGUCACAAAGGCAGCGGAGGAAUUGUUUGCGACUGAUGAUUCCGAAGUCGAGCCCGCGACUACUCGAGCGCGUAGCGCCUUGACGAGAACCCCAGCCCGCUCUUCUGCGCUCUCAAACCUGUCUUUCGCGUCGAAUUUGCCUUUGCCGCCCUCUCCGGCUGUCGUCGCAGACGCGAUUGAUCGUCGCACUUCUGUUUUGCGAUCCAAGGUUGCUGGAUACUACGAGAAUUCGGGAGUUGUCGAAGGCGCCGAAGCUACGCGCGGAAUUCUCUCGAGCCUCACUGCUAUCCAGGGCUUGAUCGUUUUAUUUGAACUAUUUCACUUACGACCCGAGCUCCUGCCACUCAGAUAUGCGUUUACUAUCCCAGCUAUCAAAUUGCUGAACAUAGACUCAUAUCCAGUCAAGAUUCCAGACCUCUUUCUCCUCUUGACAAGCUCAUUCUGGGGCCCUGCUACGCUUUGGGCAUUCUCGAGCUUUCUAGUCCCAUUGGCCGCGGCGUACUUUUUCAACUUGACCAGCAAGCCUCGUACGCGCAGCCAUGGUACCAGAUUCAACUACACAUUCGAUCCAUUGACUUUUAACAUCGCCAAGGCGCUGUUGACUUACGCGAUAUUCGGGCAAGACGUCACGUUCGGCGGUCUCGUAGAUCUUGAGUACGUCGCCAGAAUUAACUCAGCCUUGUUUGGGGGCUAUAAGGGUAUCCUCGCCGGAACUGGAAUUGGAACCCUUGUGACCCUUUAUGAAGCUGUUCUCAAGAAAUAG